CUACUAAGACUUCCACUAUGGUGUCUGCCAAGAUGUCUACUAAUAGGCCAGGCGGCGCCGGCGCUACACGUCCUGUGCGGUUGGAGGUCGCGCCCCAUUUUGCGCCGCCAUGCCUGCGACGCGAACCUGCUCCAUUCAGCGACCCGCGCUCUGCCUAUGUGCCUGUCGGGCCUGUCUUCCCACCGCGGUCUUUUACCACUAUAGCCCUUCUCUCCCAGAAAACAGAGCCCCAGCUCCGCCAGCCACCACGCCCGUUUCUUUGUUGCCUAUCUCUUGUGACCCCCACGCCCGUCCUCACAAACCCCGGGACCCCUUCAAAUAAGGAAAAAAGAAAGAAGAAAAGCACCGUCCUCCUGCCCUUGGUGAGCGUAAACAACCGUCCAUUGUCCGUCAUUCCUCCCCCACAGCUCCGCCAUGGACCAGAACAGAAAAAGGUCCAACUCAACCACUCUCCAGAGGAGAAUGCCCUUGGCCGAGACCUGUGGCAACGUGCCCCUGCCCGUGCUCAAGAAGCAGAAAACGAGGGCGCUUGUGGCGCCCAAGUCCACGCUAAGAACCGGCCUCUGGAAGGAAAACGUGGACGCUGCGCCCGACUCGGCCUCCCGCACCUGCGCCAGUGAAGACAGGCUGGCAUCCGCCACGUCCGCCACGUCGGUGGCUUCCACGGCGGCCAAGUCGGCGCGGCUCGUGGGCGACGAGUUGAAAAGCUGGCAGACGUCGUGGAGAAAAAUCAUGCGCGAGUCGGUGGUCUACUUCGACACCCAGGGCUGCGACUCUAGCAACGCUGUGCAGCAGCAGGAGCUCAGAAGGGCGCAGCGGGUCUUGAAGCUGGUGGGCUGCGUGAUCGUGCCGUUCUACGACCGCGACGUCACUAUCAUCGUCAGCAGACGCGGUUUUUCCGCCGGCAAAACGUACCCUGUCAACGACAUCUUCCACGACGCAUCAGCAUUAAAGACCAAAGUCUGGGACUAUGAGAAGGUCUUCCGCUUCUUGAAAAACUUGGGGGUGUCUGAGACAGCCGCGCACGAGCGCAGCGGGAACCUAUCGCAUCUCUUGAAGGAGGAAAAGAUCUUUGGUUCCAACGACAGGGACCCCACUGCCAGACGAGACGACUUGUACUACCUCGAGAAAAACUUCAUCUACGUCUACGAUCUUUCUCAGGCGGUGCGCCCGAUCAUAGUCAAGGAGUGGCUGAGCAGCUCCUACCCUUCUUUUCAUCUCACUCUCGACGGGAAGUGCCCUUUCAUCCUUGACGAGUCCGAAAACCUGGACAGGAAAAAACUACGCCGGGCGCAGAAGUUCGAGGCCGCCAAGGAGUACAGAGAACUUCUCAAGCAAGCCUCUUACAUGAUCGCCUCGACGAAAAGCAAAAUUGUUUUGGCAAACCACGCGUUUGUUGAAACAAGCACCAGCACAGAUGGCUGCGAGGGAGAAGCGAAUGCCUCAAAGAGCGAGAGCUCGUCCCAUGCAAAUGACACCGUGGUGGAGGAAAACGACGGUCUUGCCGAAGACGACAUCCUCGGAGAGCUCAGUAAAGCCGAGUUUUUCAAACCACCCCUGGUGCUAACGAGAAACUCCUCCAUCAUACAGCCUUUCCGCAACCAGGCGCAGAACUCCAAAUUCUAUGAUGUGGCGGCCUCGGGGUACAACGGUGCGUCUAACGCCAUGCAGUUUUCUAUGGACUCGGCUCUCAAUAGCGUUGCCGUCCAAAGUAAUCAUCAAGGCAAUGGGCUCGGGCCCACCAUGUCCCUGGUUCCUUCGAAGAAUUUGAAUAAUCUCAAACGACGUAUUUUCAUGAAACGUCAAAUGAGUAAAGUCGAUGACCAGAAAAGAGAGGCGGAGUCUAGACCCGGCUACUGCGAAAAUUGCAGAGUCAAAUAUGAUCAUUUCGAGGACCACAUCACCUCGAACAGGCAUCGCAACUUUGCAUGUAAUGACAAGAACUUCAAGGAUAUAGAUGACUUGAUUGUUGCUCUUAAUGAAAGCAAGUCCAUGGGCUACGUGUCGUCAAAUGGGGAUUACAGCUUCGCUGACUAGCCUGAAUGAUCAAAACAAAACUCCUGAAAGUUGGCAGAGAGAGUGUGUUUGUGCGCAUUCAGUGUCAAAACCAAGUCGGUUUCGCUCGCGUAUUCUCUUUAAAUAAAGCAUACAUCAUUAAUAAUAUUAGCAUUCGAAAAAAA